AUACCGCCAUUCUUUUAAUACUGAUUGAAGUCUCAAGGUUUGAGGUGUGUUUGUGCCUGGCAAAGCUGUUUGUCUGAACGACCCACACACAGACACUCAGAUAUUAAUUUUAUUAGCGUCGGCGAGCGGCGUCGAAUAGGAUGAUGAAACUCGGCUGGAUCAACGUAACCUUUAAGCCCCAUCUUCUUUCUCUCACGAUUGCAUUGGCUGUUGUCUGCUGCUCAGCUGGAAAUGAAGGAACCGACAACAAGACGACGCUACCCUUCAAUAGCAGUUCACUCCAUCAUCACACGCUCAACGGAUCAUCGCCUACUACCUUAGCCAUGGCCGAUUUUGGUCAUUUGAAUAUGAAUCAAAGCCGCGAUGAAAAGAUACACAAUUUGAGAGCAGAAAAUCAAGUCCCAACUUUUAAAAAUUAUACAAUCACCACUAACCAUCCUACCACAUCCAGAGUUCUCAGCACGCGUUCUCGAUCGCUGUCCAAUCAUUCGACUGUUGCCAACGCCACCAUUUCGCCAAUUAAAGGAAAUUCCUCUACAAAUCCUUGGCUCACACGGAAACCUUCCACUCACGCGGAAACCCUAAAUGUUACCAACAAACGCGAAAUCGGAAUCAAUCCCGAGUCUACUGCUGGCUAUCGUGAAAUUACAAUUGAACCUGCAGCAGACCAGUUUCACCCAAGAAACGGUUCAUCAAGUACAACCUCACCUUUGGAUUGGAAUUCCACCAACACUACUACUCGGACGAAUAGAAGCACGGAAGGAACGAAUAUGUUCGACUGGAACCAUCCUUCAUCCAGACUGUCUACCACAACUGAAUCAGUUUGGGGAUUUCCAUUCCAUAACAGCACGGACCGUAGCAGCGGGACCUUCAACUCGUCAACGUCAAGCAAAACUACUACUACUACUACUCCUCGUCUGUCGUCGCUAUGGCGUAAUACCACGUCUACCAGACCGUCGGCUAAAAAGUUCCUUACCGGCACGCCUAACCAAUUCUCAUCAAAGUCUGAACGAGGAGAACCUUGGAAUAAUAGCGAGACCCAUGGGCAAAAUCAUUUCAAUUCGAUCGUCAACGUCCGCGUAGAUUCAAGCGCCGAGACCUUGGAGAAAAUUAUUCGUCUAGAAGCGGCGAUCGCCAGGAAAAUGGACGACAUGGAGAAAAUGGCUAGAGCCAUGGCGGGAGAUUUGAAAUCGAGAUUGAACCGACUGGAAGCCACUCUGCUCAACAAUCUCGAAUCGCGGCGAUCGAGGGCGGCCGAUGAGAUGAAGCAACACCUUGAAUCCGUGAUCGACGUUAAAAGUCAAACACUGCGCACCGAAUUGAAAAAUUUCAAAUGCGCUCACCACCAGGAUGUUGCGGACGCCGGGACCGUUCACGCCCAGACAACUAACGAGCCGAUCGAGCUCAAGAUUGGACAAUUGAGAGAUUCGCUACAUACGCAUCAACCUCCCAUGGAAAUGCAAAGAAAUUCGGAUGUAAAAUCGAGUCUGGCCGAGUGGCGAGCAAAGCGCACAAAGUUGAUGGAGAGAUGGGAAAGUAACUUUCAAAGAGGCUCCCAGAGGAAAUCGACAUCUAAAAGAUCUACUCGCAACCUGUCGUAAAGUAAAAAUUCGUACCUUUUUAUUUUAUUUCUCCCGUUUUUUUACGUGUUACUUGUGCGUGUGUGAUGGGUUUGCGCCAUUUGGGCCGUUUAAGAUGUAAUAUAAAUAUCGUUUCGAAAAAUAAAAAGAUUCCUCUUGCGCUA